ACUAGAGAUUCGCCAGAGCGCGUAAACCCCGGGGAUCGGAACGGAUCGGUACACAGUGAGCAUCCCUCUUCUCCAUCCAACUGCACUUUUAUUUUCCUCGAUGCAAUGAAUUGUAUGACUAUAAUGAUCUCCACAAUGUUGCUUUCUGCACUUUUAUCAUAAUCCAUCAAUGGAUUGAAAGCGUGGAGGAAGAUGAAACCGACCAAUUAAAGAAGACGCAAGAAGAGGAUCAAACGAUCCAGGAGUUGUUUCAAACAGUAAUCUAUAAAGGACUCAAUUAGCAUAUGUCAAGAGGGCAUUUACAUAAGGGCCGUAUUUAAGCUGGUGUCUCAGAGCAGAGCCAGUCGCAUCCAGAGAGCACAAGAGGAGAGAAGCCGCAUAAGCUUGUGUGCUGGAGUGCGUAAGAGAGAGUAUUGGAUACACAGGGGACCGGAGCAAAGGGGAGUAGCCUGGAAGGUCGAGAGAGCAUGUGCUAAAACCAGAAGAGAGAGAAAGAGAGAGAAUCGGAUGUAAACACGCAUUGUCUGUCAAAGCCGCAAGCAGUGACUGCGCAAAACACUAGGGAAAGGGAAACCACAGGGGUUCUCCUCGCGGCAACUUUUCUUCGAGUGUCGGUGAUGGGUGCAGUCGGCGAGCUGGUGGGCAGCUUCUCUCACGGCUUGGAAAGCUUUGCGCACGGGUCUCAUUUCGUCCUCACGCCCCCCGGGGACUCCGGUGCUCCGAUGAACGAGCACAUCUUCUCCGCCGAGCGCCUGUCACGCAGCACUCCACCGGACCUGACGCAUCUGAAAGGGAUCCUCCGCCGCCGGCAGCUCUACUGCAGGACCGGCUACCACCUCGAGAUAUUACCGAACGGCUCGGUGCAAGGCACGAGAAAAGACCACAGCAGAUUUGGUAUAUUGGAAUUCAUUAGCCUCGCUGUGGGGAUGGUGAGCAUCCGUGGUGUGGACAGCGGACUGUAUCUGGGAAUGAACAUCAGUGGCGAACUGUAUGGCUCUGAAAAGCUGACAGCGGAGUGUGUGUUCAGGGAGCAGUUUGAGGAGAACUGGUACAACACUUACUCUUCUAACCUUUAUCGACACGGCGAGCGAGGAUCCCAUUAUUACGUAGCCCUCAACAAAGAUGGAACGUCUCGAGGUGGAGCUCGUUCUCGGAGGCACCAGCGUUUCACGCAUUUCUUGCCUCGGCCUGUGGAUCCAGAGCGUGUUCCUGAGCUUUACAAGGAGAUACUAGGUCACAGCUGAAGCCACUGAACCUCAAAUUCAACCCCCUCCAAAAAGCACCUGCAUGCUCCUUAUCCCCCUCGGACAAACCUGUGUCAGGAGAAAGCUGCUCAGACGAGGAGGGAAAGAGGCCCUUAUUUGCGGGCUGAAGUUGGACCAUUAGCAGGAGAUGGAAAGCCCUGGAUUGGAGUUGCAGGGACCAAAUGUCUGGAUAGUUCCUGAUGAACAGAUCCAUUCACACCUGCUGUUUGUAGGACACAAGGGAUUUUGGAUUAAAAGAGAGCACUGGUGGACUUCUUGCCAGAGGAUGAUGGAUAUCUGCUACUACUGAAAAUACCAAAAGGCUUCUGAAGGAAUUCUGUGAAAUGCUUUUGAGAUUUUCUUCUCUUCCAAACACUGGCAUGGACAAACAGGAGACAAACUCCUCCAAACAUAUCUCUUUAGGUCCUUUAAUUUAUGUUUUUGAAAGAUAUUUAUUUUAUAUAUUUAUUUAUUUUGAAAAUAUAUUUUUACAAGAAUAUAUGCAAGAUGUAACAGGAACGUCAUGAGAGCUUUAUUUUCUAACACUAUAGAGACAUGACUUCUAGAGACAGAACUACUGAAGAAAGUAUUUUUGGUGUUUUUGGUUGUAUGUGAUCCACCAUGGUGUCCCUCCAUUUUUGUUUAUCUCUCAUGUCAUUAAACCAGAUCCUUAAGAGCCUGAGAAUGUUCCAGAAUUCACUGGGGAAUUAAACAGUUCAAAUGACUGCA